GCGGAGGGUCCCGAGCCAGAGGCUCUGGCGGUUCGCGGAGGAUUCUGGGAGACGCUCAAGCCGAGAUGGGAGCCGGCGGUCGCGCACAACCUGCUGGGAUUUGUAGUCCCGCCAGUCCAGGGCGGAAGUGCCUUUCCUGUGUGGCGGGGUGGUUCUGGGGCCUCUGCGGCCCUUCUUGGUGAAUGCUGGGAAGAGGUCGUCGGAGUAGCUGGGACAGGCUGGGCGCCGUGAGGCGGGAGGUCGCUGAAGACUGGGAUCCCGCCGAGUGCCGGACGGCGUUCCUCCACAUCCCAUGAGCUUGGUGCAAUACAAAGUAAAAGAAAAAGCAGUUUCUAUUACGUAGAAAUACUUGAGCUGUUGAUAAAGUCGGGUCCAGGAAUAAGAACGAAUAACUUUGAUUUUGUUAUCAGGACAUCCCACUUCUGAGUAUCUAUCUAUAUGACCUGUCAGUUUGAUACAGCAUUUUCUGAUCGUUUGUCUUCAUCUUGACCGGUUUCAAUAAGGUUUUCUAAAGUUUCUGGUUUUUAGGUUCUUUCUUGGCUCUGAUAAACAAACAGUAGCUGUAAACUGUAGCACGGUUAUGAUUUUGCAGAUACCAAAAGGAUCAGAAAGUAGCUCAAAUUUCCCCAAAGGAAAAGCUAGGGGAAGCUGCCCGAGGAAAAGCCUCCCGUCCACUGUGAGAAGUUGUGAGUGCUUUUUCCUAAUAGAAUUUGCUGCGGUUGAUGCUUGUAUGGAUGGUGUGGUGGAAGCCUGGGUAAUAUUUGCAUGCUAUGUAAAAUUGUUUCUUCCCCAGUGUUAUGUGAUCUGUUACUGAACUGUGUAAAGAAAGCCUGUGACAAGAUCUACUAGCCCAGGUUGGCCUGGCCAUGUAGACGAGGACUAUCUUGCUCUGCUAGUGUUGAGGUUACAGAUUUAGGACACAUACCUAGCUACAAGUUAACAUUCUUCACAUAUAUUUUAGGUUUAGGGAGUUCCUAAACAAAUAACAUAGCAUUUAUACACAAUUCUGAGCGUUAGCUCAGCAGUAGAGCACGAUGUGUAGAUGUGUAAGCUCCCUGGAUAGUCGGUAAUUCCAGGGGGUUCAGGCUGGGGGCGAAGUUGAUCUGCCCAAGAUCCCAGAUUGCACAUAGCAAAAGGAGGGAACUAACUCUUGCCUGUUGUCCUCUGACCUCCACGCCUGUGCUGAUAUGUUCCAACACAAAAUAAAUGGCAAAAAACAUGUUUUGUGUGUCCUACCCUUCUGAAUAUUUAGUUUGUUAUUUUAUGUAUACUUGCUGGUGUGUUUGCCUGGUGCCUAAGGAGGUGAGAAGAGAGAGGUUUGUGGUGCUGGGAAAUAAACCAGGGUCCACUGCAAGGGAAUACCUUCUUAACUGCUGAAACAAGGAGUCCCAAGCUUCAGCACAUUUGGAGAACACUGAGGAGUACUUUUGAAGAAAACAAGGUAUUUCUCUGAGGUCUAUAUCUUGCCUCGAUUGCCUUUUCUUGAAGUAUUGUAACAGGAUGUCUGCACAGUCAGUGGAAGAAGAUUCAGUACUUAUCAUCCCAAAUCCAGAUGAAGAAGAAAAAAUUCUGAGAGUGAAACUAGAGGAAGAUCCCGAUGGUGAAGCGGGAUCGAGCAUUUCCUGGAACCAUCUCCCUGACCCAGAGAUUUUCCGGCAGCGGUUCAGGCAAUUUGGAUACCAGGAUUCACCAGGACCUCGAGAGGCAGUGAGCCAGCUCCGAGAACUGUGCCGCCUGUGGCUCAGACCAGAGACACACACAAAGGAGCAGAUACUGGAGCUGGUAGUUUUGGAGCAGUUUGUUGCCAUCCUUCCCAAGGAGCUCCAGACUUGGGUUCGAGAGCAUCACCCAGAGAAUGGAGAGGAGGCGGUGGCUGUUCUAGAGGACUUGGAGAGUGAACUUGAUGACCCUGGACAGCCGGUUUCUCUCCGUCGGCGGAAACGGGAAGUGCUUGUAGAAGAGAUAGCAUCUCAAGAAGACGCUCAGGGAUUACCAAGUUCUGAGCUUGAUGCUGUAGAGAACCAGCUCAAGUGGGCAUCCUGGGAACUCCACUCUCUGAGGCACUGUGAUGAUGAUGCCACGACAGAAAAUGGAGCACUGGCUCCAAAGCAGGAGAUUGCUUCAGCGGGAGAGUCUCAUGAAGUUCCAGGCACUCUCAAUAUAGGUGUAUCUCAGAUUUUUAAAUAUGGAGAAACCUGUUUUCCCAAGGGCAGGUUUGAAAGAAAGAAAAAUCCUUCUAGAAAGAAACAACACAUAUGUGACGAGUGUGGGAAACACUUCAGUCAGGGUUCUGCCCUCAUUCUUCAUCAGAGAAUCCACAGUGGGGAGAAACCCUAUGGAUGUGUUGAAUGUGGAAAAGCCUUCAGCAGAAGUUCCAUCCUUGUGCAACACCAGAGAGUCCAUACCGGAGAGAAACCCUACAAAUGUCUUGAAUGUGGGAAAGCCUUUAGCCAGAAUUCUGGGCUCAUUAAUCAUCAGCGAAUCCACACUGGGGAGAAACCUUAUGAAUGUGUUCAGUGUGGGAAAUCCUAUAGUCAGAGCUCAAAUCUUUUUAGACAUCAGAGAAGACACAAUGCAGAAAAACUUUUGAAUGUUGUGAAGGUUUAAGAAAUUAGGAGGAAACAAUUAGCACUCAGGUCUUUUUCUUCAGAAAUGAAGACAAAAUUAAAAACAUGAAGAGAUAUGGAAUCUAUUUUUCCCCGUUGACUGAGAAAAUGCACUGGGAAAUACAAAAAAAAAAAAAAAACUUUCACCAUUAUUAUCUUGAAAGAAAUGGUGUUAUACCUGCCUAGAAACUGAAAUUUUAAGUAAUUCAGGUGUUAAACAUAAAUUCUCCAUGUGAUGUUUAUAUUCUCUUUUUUUCUCCCCAAGUAAUGAGCUACCUGAUUCUUUGUCCCUUUUUCAGACAGCUACUGUUUCUGUGUUGGUCAUUGGAGUGUUGUUCUGUGAGGGUGCACACCUUUUUAUUUUAAAAGGCAACACAGGAAUUGUAAAGUCUAAAAGCCCAUCUUCAAGAUUUAGAAACAUCCUUGAAAGCUUAGUUUCCUUUUGUUCAGGUUGUGUAUUUUUGAGAAAAUAGAAGAUAAAGGCCAAAGCCUCGGAGUCAGAUGAGCCUUAAGAUCUCAGAUGAGUAAUGGUAGCAGAACUUCAAUGAGUGGAGGGGACACACUGGGGAAAGUACCCAGUGAAGCAUGUCACUUAGGUACAGUCAUCCCGCAGGAAAACGAAAAGUGAUUUUAUCUAACUUGUGGGAAUCUUACUAAUUAAAGUGGUUUUCCUGUGUAAAAACAGACAGUUGUAAAAGUGAUGGUAAAGACACCAAGGAAGAGUGUAGUGAUGUUGACAUGGCUUUUAGAGAAACUCAGCCGUCUAACUCAUUUGCCUCAUCCUGGUUAAGGAUAGGACAUUCCUUGAUGGGGUAGGCAGUAAUAUCAGGUUUGCUAUUUUUAUUCCUUUGGUACAAAAGGGUUGAACACCAGGCUAAAACAGCCACACAUUUAUUAUUAAACAUUUUUACCGACAAUGCACUGUGCUAGGUACUGUAAUCCUACCGUACAUAGGUAGGUAUUUGUUCCACUGUAAGUCAUAAGGGGUUUCCCCAUCAGCAUUCCCAGGUCACCUCUGAGAGCCCCAGAGUUGUAGUUCUCUUGCCAGUAUGUUGUGUUUGGAGGGAGACGUUGGCUCAGAGAGCUAGCUAGUCAGCUCUUAGCAUUCUUCACAGGUGAGCUCAUGACACACUCUUUUAGUUUUAAAAUUAAUGAAUCUUAAAAAUGCAGACAUCAUUUCUAGUAGCAUUGUGGCUGUAACUACAUGUUGAAUGGACUGUACUUUAAACAACUAAACUAUUAAUAACUAGUUUAUUAACUGUCAGAGUUGAUUUUUUUUUAAAUUUACAGUCUUAACACAUUUUUUUAAAAAAUGUAUUAAAAGUAAUACAUUUUAGUAGAAGGAUUCUGUAUGCCUUGGCUAAGAAUCCAAGUACUGUGGCUCUACUGUUUAAUGGAAGACUAUGGAAAGUUAAAGCAUUGGGUGAGAGAAGAGGCUUUUUUAUAUAAGACAGGCAUUGUUACAUGGAAAAUUAUCCAUGGAAGUACAGGUAUUUAAUACCUCCAGUGAUUUGGGUCAUAUCUAGUGCUUUGUCAAAUUUUACCAUGAAAAGUGAGAUUUUUGCGUGAGCCUGUUGAAAAGCAGUAAUAAAUGCCAGGCAGCUGGUAAAAUGAGGCAGAAUGAAGCUUGCUCAUGAUUUCCUGAUAACAAUUAUAAGAAAUGUGCUUUAUAGAUUAAGAUUUAUUGAAGUAUAAAUAUGUAGUAAUGCUAUAAUGUAUUUUUAAGUUAUACAAGAAAAUGUAGGGACUUUUGUUUGGGUUUUUCUCUGUGGCUGAGAGGAAACAAGUUGUUCAAUAAAGCUGGAAACUACUCUGCUCUAAGAUAAA